AACUAUUACCAAUUUAAUAAUCCUGUGAUCACUCAGCAUGAAUAUAAUAAAUAUGUUAAACCGAUGAAUUUUAAUUGAACAAAUUAUAAAUUUAUUUGCCUCAAAAGGAGGUCGUCCAGCUUAAUUACAACGUUUUAAUAUUAGAUAGCAGCAUUUUAAUAAUCUGGUUAUUAUUGUUAAAAUUGAGAAUCUCAUUUAAUUUUUAUGGGCAUCCAGAGACCGGUACGUAAUAAAGAAAUUUAUGAAUCUCUCCCGCUAAUGUUGAACCAAAAAUCUACUGAUUUGGAAUGCCAGAUUUCUCAAGCACCGUUGCAACUUCGGAAUUCUGCAAACUGCAUCUUUAUAGGAAUUUUAGAUGAACCAGCUAUGUAGGGUUUGCGGAGAGCCAGCAGCCGGAUUUCACUUCGGUGCUUUUACAUGCGAAGGAUGCAAGUCAUUUUUCGGGAGGUCGUACAACAACCUCAACUCAAUAUCAGAAUGCAAGAACAAUGGGGAAUGUGUCAUAAACAAAAAGAACCGGACCGCUUGCAAGGCCUGUCGUUUACGGAAAUGCCUGCUAGUCGGAAUGUCAAAAAGUGGUUCCCGUUACGGCCGCAGAUCCAACUGGUUCAAAAUCCACUGUCUUCUCCAACAGCAGCAACAACAGCAGCAACAUCAACACCACCAGCUCCAACACCAGCAUCAGCAGCACCAGCAACACCAACACCAUCAGCACCUUCAACAAGCUGCGUCAACUGGUCUGUUAAUUCCAGGUCUCAUGCGACCGCAUUAUAUACCCCCCUUGAGCAAUUCCGCGCCCCCCGCAGAGGCCAAGAGUCCCGAGUCAGAUAGCGGCGCCUCCUCUGCUGAUACGGACGACGAUGUUAGGUCAGCGAGUGCCCUGAGUUAUUUCCAUCAAGUCGGUUCACCGCUAAGUGAUCGGUCGAGUGUUUCUAAUAAAAAAGUACCAUCUGCAGGUAGUGAAAGUAUGUGCUUUGCCGGUAGCGGUCUCCAGAAUAAAUUCCCUUUGGUGUCUUCGUUCGUACCUUCGGUUGUACCAAAUCCUGUCCUUCCCUUGUGGUUUCCACCUCUUCAAACAUUCGGUGACAACAGUUUGUGGAAAGACUUUUGGCUUCGGUCGCCUUUGACUGUUGCCGAGCCCGCGCCAGAACAAGACCAGCCAAUCGAUUUGUCGGUAAAAACCUCGCCAUCUACCACCAAGAUCGCGCUAGAAGAGACUGGUAGGGGACGCGAAUGUGAACAGACGAAGACUACACCACUCGAUUUAAGUCUUGAUAACGGAACAAGUACUACCACCGAUGAGACGAAUUAGAGUGCGGUUUUAGGCGGCGAAUUAAGGUGAAUUCUUAUCAUUUGGUGCUAUCAUAGAUAUACACUUUUCGUUCAGUGCUUUAACAUGUUGAAUGUAGAUUGUAUUGCCACAUAUAUAGAGAUUUAUUUUUCAUAUAAAUAUAUUUAUUAUUUAGAUUGUAAGUAGUCAAAUGGACUAAGAAAAUUUUGUAUUUUAGUAUUUUG